AUGAUGAUGAAUAAUGGUAGCUCGGAUAUUUUGUUUGAGGAGGACGAGGGUGAAGUGCUGGGCUGGAAAGUGGUGAGCGGGGCCUAUGUGCAACCGGAUGGUGUGCUGCUCGUCUACAGCACUCAGCGUUUUGCCGAGAAGCACCUCAGAACCGCGAUGGCUGGUGUGGUCACCGUUGAUCCGAACAUCAAGAAAGGAACGGUAAUUUCCAUCUCUGUGUGUGCCAAAGAGCUCAUUGCCCGAAAUCAUAAUUAUAUCCGUGUACUCAUUGUCUGUCUGUUGUAA